UAAAAACUUAAAUUCUCCUGCCGGACCGUGGUCCCAACGCUAUAGUCAACACCGGAGUCAAGCGCGUGAGCUUUAAACGCGUCCGGACAAAUUAAAAAACCUAGCAGAAGUGAGCUGUGUGGGACCCACCAGCCAUGUGCUCUUCUUCCUGUCUCCACCAGCCUAGCUUCCUCUCAAAUCAUUACCUCUUCCUCCUUCUUCUUCUUCUUCUUCUUCUUCUUCUCGAGAGUUACUAGUGAAAUCGCCAACAUAAGGAAACCCUAAUUCCAUGGCCAACAACGACGGAGCAGUGACUAACGGCGUCAUAAUCGAGCAGACGUCAAACAAAGGACCUCUUAACGCCGUUAAGAAACCACCGUCUAAAGAUCGACACAGCAAAGUUGACGGAAGAGGAAGAAGGAUUCGUAUGCCAAUCAUUUGCGCAGCUCGAGUUUUCCAAUUGACCAGAGAGUUAGGUCACAAGUCCGAUGGUCAAACCAUAGAGUGGCUUCUCCGUCAAGCUGAGCCUUCUAUCAUAGCCGCCACUGGAACUGGCACUACUCCGGCAAGUUUCUCCACUGCUUCUCUCUCCACUUCUUCUCCGUUUACACUCGGAAAACGUGUCGUCAGAGCAGAUGAAGGAGAAUCCGGCGGCGGCGGAGGAGGAGGAGGGUUAACAGUGGGACACACAAUGGGGACUUCGUUAAUGGGUGGUGGUGGUUCUGGUGGGUUUUGGGCUGUUCCGGCGAGGCCUGAUUUCGGACAAGUCUGGAGCUUUGCAGCCGGAGCUCCACCGGAGAUGGUUUUUGCUCAGCAGCAGCAACCAGCUACACUCUUUGUCCGACACCAGCAGCAACAGCAAGCUUCCGCCGCCGCAGCCGCUGCAAUGGGUGAGGCUUCAGCAGCUAGAGUUGGGAAUUAUCUUCCGGGUCAUCAUCUCAAUUUGCUUGCUUCUUUGUCUGGUGGAGCUAACGGUUCGGGUCGGAGGGAAGACGACCACGACCCACGUUGAGAGAAAAGGUCUUGUCUUUUUGGUAAUGUAUAGAAAAAUUCCUAUGUUUCAUGUCAUCGAAAGUGUUUAGAGAGUACUUAAGUUUGUGGUUUCUUUUGAGUAAUUUAAGCUUAUUGCUUGUUUG